AUAAAAGUUGGCCCUCAUUUGCUGUAUCACUACGCCUCCCGUUAGCCCAAAGUAACUGUCUGGAAGACUCGAGCCCGUGUCUGCUCAGGAAAAGACCUCUAGAGUGACUGACACUCUUUGACCCGCCCCCGUCAACCUGUGAACUCGCACUCAGUCGUGGAGACAGUGGUGACGUCAGCAUACGACUUACGACCUUUGCUUCUUCCAAGCUGACAGUGUAGAUUGAUAGCUCCGACGUGCAGCUAAGAUGGCCUCCGUCGCUCCGUUCAGCCGCAGACAGUGGGCGUCCCAGUCUCUGAGGGUCACCGCCAAGGAGCUGUCCAUCGUCACUGCCCGGGGGAAAAACAACGCCAUUGCAGAGCGGUUCUCCAAGUACCAGAUGGCGGCCGAGGAGGGCAACGCAGAGAAGAAGAAAGCAGUUGCUGAGCCUCUUCCCUCCACAUUGCGCAGUGGGAACCUGAGUGUUUUAAGGAAACGUUGGGAACAACAGCAGCCAAAGUUCAGCCUCAGAGCUCAACCUAAAUCCACAUCCUGCCUCCCAGCUGCACCUCAAACCCACACCAAUCAUUCAACAGACCCGGAAUCUGCACAGAGAUCACAGAUCCAGAACCAUCUGGACACUGUGAAAGCCACCACACAUUCUGAGGGCCGAGACGCAGAGCCACAGACGGACACCAGCUCCAACCUGCUGCAGCCAGCUCAGCCGGUGCAUCAGACCGACAUGGAGGAGAAGCCCAGCAGAGAUCCAGAGGAGCACAAAGAAGCAGCAGCAUCAGCUGAGGUACCGGAGUCAGAGAAACCCAGCGUUCCUCUGAACAGCCUCAAGAUGAUGUUUGAGAAAGGAGAAAGCCUGACAGACAAGGAGCAGAUAAAUAGAGGAAGCUGUGGGACGCCUUCCAACAUGGACCAGCUACUAGGAGAUGGAAGUCUUGCUGAGUCCACUCCUCUCCGGGACAGGAUGGCUCUCUACCAGGCCGCCAUCGCCAAACAGGAUGUCUCUCCCUCUUCAGUCAAUAGCGACCAGCUGGAUGGUUUUGGAGGGAAGCAGAAGGAGAACGUUCCUCCAUGUUCCCUGGAUCUGAGUCUGGAUUCUGAACCAAACAGCAGGAAAGUUUUCACUGCAGAGAGCAACGGUUCUACCAACGGCACGCCGUCAUCGUCCAAUCAGAGAGAUUCUUCUCAGGCCAAGUCGACCCCCAAAAGCUUCAAGCUGCCGGCGAGGGAGACGUGCGUGUCGUGUCAGAAGACGGUCUAUCCUCUGGAGAGGCUGGUGGCCAAUCAGAGCAUUUACCACUCCUCUUGCUUCCGCUGCUCACACUGCAACACCAAACUCAGUUUGGCGAACUACGCCUCUCUGCACAACAACGUGUACUGUAAGCCGCACUUCUGCCAGCUGUUCAAGGCCAAAGGAAACUACGACGAGGGCUUUGGACACCGACCUCACAAGGAGCUGUGGGAGAGCAAGAACGACAGCGUGGACUCCUCCCCUCAGUCCAGCACUCAGACCAAAACUAAGACCCCCAUGUCAGAGCCGGAGAGCCCCAGUGUGGAGGACUCUCCGCUGGCUAAGGUCAACAUCCUGAUGGCCACCAUGGAGGCUCUGGGUCAGAGCUCGGCAGAGAGGACCGAGAAACCCCCAGAAGCCCGCAGGCUGAAGAUCUCCUGGCCCCCACGAGCAGAGCAGGAGGAGACGCCCAAGUCCAGCGAUGGGGGCUCCGCUACCAAACCCAUCCGGGCCAAGUGGCCCCCAGAGGAUGACUUCCCCUCCUCCCCGACCGAGCAGAGAGGAGAGUCACCCUGCCUGCGCCGCACCUCCUCCCUGAAGGAGCGCAGUAAGCCCUUCACCAUCGCAGGAGGAGCCGCUCCUACACCUGAGGCCAGAAAACAGACCCCGCCUCCUCCUGAGGACCCCCAUGAGCUCAGUCCCGAACCCGCCUCCAUGGAGCUGCAGCACCAUUCCUCCUCUGACAGCCAGACCCCCACUGAGGACAGCUGCGUGGACGUCCUGACCAGCUCUGGAGACGAGGAGCAGGACGGGGAGCCGAAGAUCGAGAACAAUGGCGACGCUCCUCCCGCACAGGAGGAGGAGAUGGAGGAGGACGGGGGUGUCCUGGAGGAGGAGCUAACGGAUCUGAAAGGCCAGGAGACGCCCACAAACAUCUCCUCUCCCGAAGAGGCCGAGGUCGAGGCGAGCCGAUCGUCCCAGGAUGUGGGAUUCUGGGACAGCGAGGAGGUGGACGACAAAGAGGAGGAGCAGGAGGUGCUGACAGUGGAGGAAAUGAUCAAACGGAACCGAUACUACGACGAGGAGGAGGACGUAUAAACGGAUGAAGCAGCCAUGGACUCUUAGAGACUCUUCCUCUUUGUUUCUUCUUCUCUUCUCUAAACAGAGUCGACUCUUUGUGCCUCUUUCUAAAGCCAUUCCUCCUCCGUCGUUUUUACAGAGCAGUCAGAACCUCUAGCUCUCACCAUGUUUUUAAUAUUCAAAAGAACGCCCCAUGGAAUAAAUAUUUUUAGAUCAGAAAUGUCUGUUAGCUGCAAACACAGAGGACCAGUUUUAUAGUGUGACUUUUGUAAUUUCCUGUCAUCAUUAAACGCCUCCUAAUCUAAAGACACUUUGAAGAACCCGUACUGUGGUGUUAUCACACCAGACUAGGGUUUACCUACGGCUGAUGUAGCCCUGGUCACUCGUCUGGCCUUUAAUGAAGAGCAGGAAGAUGAAAUGUUUGAAGGCCUCUGUUAUUAAAAAGCCCAGCACUUUGAACCUAAAAUAAUGGGAUUAGUUAGUUUUUGUUUGUCACUUUUCUUUACAGCUGCCAUUCUGUAUGUACAUGUCAAAAAAACACGUUUGUUUUUUAAUUUUAAGAGCUAUAACUGGAUUUGAAUAAUGUUGUACUGUUUUUAAACCAGGGGACCAAAUAUCCUAGAUUGAUACUGUUUAAAUAAAUUGUUGUAUACAAAAUGAA